GCCGGCUGUUUGGCCGAUGCCAGUGAAUAAAUAUGCCAAAGAUCUAUAUGAAGAAACCGUUAUCGGGCAUGGUGAUACGAAAUCGUAAUACCAUCAAAGAUGUAGUCAUCACGAGUUCUGGAAUUGGAGCGCCAAGUGUGCAUCAUGCCAUGGUUGUGAUAUUUUUAGAAUUUUUUGCCUGGGGCCUAUUAACAAUGCCUGUUAUAUCGGUGUUAAAUCAAACCUUUCCCGAACACACAUUCCUCAUGAAUGGUCUAGUCAUGGGCAUCAAAGGCAUCCUAUCAUUCCUAAGCGCACCCCUUAUUGGUGCUCUCUCAGAUAUCUGGGGCCGUAAAUUUUUUCUACUCAUAACAGUAUUUUUCACCUGUGCCCCGAUACCUCUGAUGACAAUAAAUACCUGGUGGUUUUUUGCUAUGAUCUCAAUAAGCGGCAUAUUUGCGGUGACAUUUUCCGUGGUAUUCGCCUAUGUGGCCGAUGUGACGACAGUGGAGGAACGUUCACGUGCCUAUGGUUUGGUAUCGGCAACAUUUGCCGCCAGUUUGGUUAUAUCUCCUGCUCUUGGUGCUUAUCUAAUGGAAAGAUAUAGUGAUACAUUAGUGGUGGCCUUGGCCACAGCCAUUGCAGUGUUAGAUGUGUUCUUCAUAUUGGUGGCUGUACCAGAAAGUUUGCCAGACAAAGUGAGGCCUUCGUCAUGGGGUGCUCCCAUCAAUUGGGAGCAGGCAGAUCCCUUUGCUGCUUUGCGUAAAGUUGGCACAGAUCACACGGUACUAAUGCAAUGUGUUACGGUGCUAUUAUCCUACCUGCCCGAGGCUGGCCAAUACUCGUGUAUAUUUGUCUAUUUGAAAUUGAAAAUGGGUUUCAAUACCAUGGAAGUGGCGAUAUUUAUAGCCGUUGUUGGUAUACUCAGUAUCAGUGUUCAAGUGACGUUGGGCUGUUUUAUGAGAAAAAUUGGAGCUAAACGCACAAUAAUAUUGGGUUUAAUAUUAGAAAUGACACAGCUAUUUUGGUAUGGCUUUGGUAGUAAAAAAUGGAUGAUGUGGGCAGCUGGUAUUUUGGCAGCUCUGGGUUCUAUAACAUAUCCGGCUAUUAGUGCUUUUGUAUCAAUACAUUCAACAGCUGAUAGUCAAGGUGCUGUACAGGGCAUGGUCACGGGCAUGCGAGGCCUCUGCAAUGGCCUGGGCCCAGCCAUGUUCGGUGUGGUUUUCUACUUAUUCAAUGUCGAUUUGAAUAAUGAACAAUCGGUGGCCAGUAGUAGUGAAGAGAUAGCCGAUGACAGCUGGUUUACAUAUCCCGGGCCACCAUUCAUCUUUGGUGGCUUUAUGGUGAUAUUGGCCAUAUUGGUUGCUGUGUUUAUACCCGAGGUGCAUGGUGAGGCGAAUUUACAUCGGACGCCAAGCGAAAAGAAGCGGGCUUCUGUAGAUUUGCAAUAUGAAGUGGAAGGCGGUCACAAACCAACAACUCCUUUAAUGCGUUCAGAUUCAUUGGCGCAGCUCUAGUAUUGUUACCUAAUAAUAAGAAAUUAUCAUGUUGAAUUGUAAGCUUAAAACAACAAAACAAAAACAAAAU